CGCUUCGGCCGGGCUGCAGCCGGUGCCCGGGACCUGCCCGCUGGCUUGCGGGUGAAGGCGCCGAGGACGGAGCAGAAGGGAGCGGACGCGGCCGGCAGCGCCGGGCGGGCUUUGGACUACCUGGCGAGGUGCCCGCUUCUUUCUCCGCGCCUCUUCAGCGAACUCCGAAAAUAAUUUCCUCUUGUCCGGACAGCCUGCCGCGCCGCCGCUCCUUCGCCUGAACGAUAACAGUAACAGUAACAGUAAUAGUAACUCUUGCUUGUCCUCGCUGCGGGUGCAUUCGAUCCUGCCGACGGGAAGACUUCCGCGCGGCGCCCGCGAUGGAGCGCCGGGUCCUGCGGCUCUGCGUCUGGGCGUCCUUCUCCAGCUCCCUCCUCCCCAAGGUAUUAGGAACAGCACUGGAUUGCUCCAUCAUGGCGGACAUUGAAUUGGAGCGGGAGAAGUGUUCAAGAUACUCCAACACGGAUAAUCUGACUCUAGGUUGUAGAAGUCUGUGGGAUAACAUUACUUGCUGGCCUGCGGCAAAUUUUGGUGAAAUCAAAGUGUUGUCUUGCCCGAACUAUUUCAGCUUCUUCUCACCGAUUCAAGCUAACAUCAGCAGGAACUGCACCAGGGAUGGCUGGUCAGAUAUCUAUCCUGCCCCAUAUCUUGUGGCUUGUGGGUAUAAUUCCAACUACUCGGUCUCUGAGGAACAGACCGUCUUCUACGGCACAGUGAAAACGGGAUACACAAUCGGACACAGUUUGUCUCUCGUUGCUCUGACGUUGGCCAUGAUGGUUCUGUGCUUUUUCAGGAAACUGCACUGCACCCGGAAUUAUAUCCACAUGCAUCUGUUCAUGUCCUUCAUCAUGCGAGCAAUCGCCGUCUUUGUCAAGGAUAUCAUUCUGUUUGAGAACGGGGAGUCGGACCACUGCUUCGUUAGCUCGGUUGGCUGCAAGGCAGCGGUGGUGUUCUUCCAGUACUGCAUCAUGGCCAACUUCUUCUGGCUUCUUGUCGAAGGCCUGUAUCUCCACACACUGCUAGUCAUCUCCUUCUUCUCCGAGAAGAAAUAUUUCUGGUGGUACAUCAUCAUCGGCUGGGGUGCACCAACGCUUUUCAUUUUUGCUUGGACCAUCACAAGAAUCCACUACAAAAAUACUGGUUGCUGGGACUUAAUUGAAUCUCCCUACUGGUGGAUCAUCAAAACUCCCAUUUUGGUUUCUAUAUUGAUCAACUUCAUUCUCUUCAUCUGCAUCAUCCGGAUCCUCGUUCAGAAACUUCACGCUCCAGAUGUCGGACGAAAUGAAACAAGCCAAUAUUCGAGACUUGCCAAAUCCACCCUUCUUCUGAUCCCCCUAUUUGGCAUCCACUACACCAUAUUUGCCUUUUUCCCGGACACAGUAAAGAAAGAAGUGUUGGACAUCAAGCUGGUCUUCGAACUCAUAUUGGGGUCCUUCCAGGGCUUUGUGGUUGCAGUCCUGUACUGUUUCGUCAACGGAGAGGUUCAAGCUGAGAUGAAACGCAAAUGGCGAAGGUGGCAUCUGGAACGCUUCCUAGGCUCCGACAUGAAGUAUCACCACCCCUCCGUUGGAAACUGUGAAAGCAAUUUCAGCACCCAGAUCUCCAUGCUGGCUACGUGCAGUCCUAAAACUCACCGCUGCUCCAGUUUCCAAGCCGACUUGUCUCUGGUUUGAGACGCAGAAGCAGACGCUGAAGGACGAACGCAUCUGGGGGAAGACGGAAGCCAUCAGAUGGAGUGGGAGUUGGGAAUCAAGGGGGAAAGGGUGGCAUUUGGGAUUAUUAUUAUUAUUAUUAUUAUUAUUAUUUUAAGCCAUUCUUUUGCCACCCCACUGGGACAAAAUACUGGGACUGAGAUAUGCUGAACCAGAAACGUUAAGUCUGGACAGAUUCUUCCUUUUUCAGUUCUUUAAUCAAAGGUGUUGCUCACAUUUGUGAAGGUAACCCAGUAGAUAUGACUUAAAGGAUACAAGAAUAUGUUUUUGCAAGGGUUCUCUUGUAUGGUCAUAAACCAAUGCCAAAUCAGCUGUGAAAAACAGAGGCCUUUCAUUUGCCAGCAGAUUCCCCAGGAAAGGACUUAAAGAAAGGUUUGAGGUGGGACUGGUGUUCCUUAGGCCACUAGAACCCAAAACUGCUCCUUUCUUUUUUCCUAGUGAACUUCAGAACCCAGAAAAUCUCCAUUUGGUGGGAGAUGUUUCUGUCUCCUCACUGAUUGCUGGAAGGAACUUACAGUACCUUAUGUGUUGAAAUACUAGCUUCUAAACUGUAGGCACUAGAUACUGGAAUAUGGUUUUCUGCAUCCAAACCAUAUUUGUUGUUAGAGCUGUGCCUGUUCCCCAGAUGAAAAGCCAUGCAGAUGUUGCUUAGAGAUUUCACAUUGCAUGUUAUGAAGCCUGCAGCCAGCACUUCUUGGUAAGGUACGGGGCCUUUCCAACUUCUAAGCUGAGGAAGUAAUGGUUGGUGAAGAAGUUACUGUAAGUCUUUCUGCUCAAGCUGUGGGAUCAUUCCAAGGGACACGGAGCAACCAGGCCUGAAAGAUUCUUCUCCCAACCCUGAGUAAGCAACAUUGACCAUUUUUCAAUGGUGAUGAGCCUUUGGGCUUAUAUGCCAUGGUCCUAUUAUUUGGUAUCCUGAUGUUUUGCCCAGAAGUUCAUCACCAUUGGAUUGAUGGUGGCCAUGAAAGCCUUCAUUUUUGUUUGCUGUGUAUUUGUUGAUGCAUCUCUGGAGGAGACUAACCAAGGUUGGUGAAAGGACUGUUGAUUUCUAUCUCCUUCAUUGUUGCUCUGGAAAAUCUUACAAGGAUGAAGGUUCAGAAGACAUAAUGGAAACCAAAACUGAAGACUUGGGACAUUUUGGAGAACAUACAAACUCUUGAUGACUGUUUUCCAUGUGGAAGCUGAAGAACACCUAACUUUGAUGUUUAACCGACUCUCAUUCACAACACGAUUGUUCUCCAUUCUGGUCUCUAUCUUGUAAAUAUUCUAGACAUGUCUGAACAGGCUGAUUCUUUUCAUGACAUUCCUUAUUUCCAGAGGUUAUCAUUUUUCAAUAAGGUUGCCAUUUUUGUGUCUCCUGGCCAUUGAGCCUACAAAGACUUCUUGUUUCUUUUGACCUUUGACCCCCUGUUAUUUAUUGAGCCAGAACUGUAAAUAUUAGCUUUCCAUUGGUUCAUCUCAGGUUUUGAUUUUUUUUUUUUUAAAUUUCAGAAUAGUGGGAUGAGGUGAUAGGACAAGGUGAAUUUCUGUGAUUACCAUUGCCAAAAAAUAAAAAAACUGCACAUGUUAAACUCGACUUUGGAGAAAAUGGUGAGUGUAUGCUUUCUGGAACUGAGUUCCUAUUAGUAUAAAGCAUGUAUGUAAAAUUUA